CCAAAAGCCAUGAACUCUAGAUCUUCAGACCUGAAUAUGGCAGCUGCAAAAUACCAUGUAGCCCAAAACAGAUUUUUACAGAAUCUACAAAAGGAAGAUUUGAUAAUUCAAGAAGUUCAGGAAAAAGCACAGCUUUUCAGUAAACGAAUAAGAGAUUUAACAUUUGAAAAUGCAAAUCUGGACAAACAACUCCAAAACUUGGGUAGAAUGGGAAAAAAUGUUAAUCACAGCCAAAGUAACACAACAGAGAAAAUUGAAAAGGUUUGCUGUUUAUGGGAAACACAUAAACUUCUGCAAAAAGAAAGAGAAGUUGUAGAUUAUGUUGUUGAAGGUCAUGUUGACCAGUAUGUAUUAGAUGGCACGAGUGUAGCUGUCAGUGUUCCGAGGCCUCUACUUGAAAAAGUUGAAAAGGGAAUCCACGAACUGCAUGUAGGGAAUGUAUCUGAAGCAGGAAAACUAAAUAUUUUAACAACCAUCCAGUUACUGAACAAUGGCUUGGAAAUGCUGGUGCAUGUGCGUCGGCGCAUUGACAGGAAUGCAUUAAAGCUGGAUCUUCAGUACCUUGAAGAAAAGACGAAAUUCCAGAAAAAGACGUUAUUGGGACUAAAAUCAGUGAGCUAUGGUCAAACUGGUACAGGAAAGACGUUUACUAUGGAAGGGGAGAAAUCACCUAAUGAAGAAUAUACAUGGGAAGAGGAUCCAUUAGCUGGUGUAAUUCCCCGUACACAGCAUCAAAUAUUUGAAAAGCUUGCAGAAAAUGGUACAGAAUUUUCUGUGAAAGUAUCUUUGUUGGAAAUCUACAAUGAGGAGCUCUUUGAUCUUUUGAAUCCAUCUCCAGAUGUUGGGAAAAGGCUGCAAAUGUUUGAUGAUCCACGCAACAAGAGGGGUGUCAUAAUCAAGGGUUUGGAAGAAAUAACUGUUCACAACAAGGAUGAAGUCUAUCAGAUCUUAGAAAGAGGAGCAGCAAAAAGAACCACUGCAGCUACUUUCCUGAACCAAGAUUCCAGUCGAUCCCAUUCAGUGUUCUCUGUCACGUUACACAUGAAAGAAACAACAGAUGGAGAAGAGCUUGUUAAAAUUGGGAAGCUAAACUUGGUUGAUCUGGCAGGAAGUGAAAACAUUGGUCGUUCUGGAGCUGUUGACAAAAGAGCUUAUGAAGCUGGAAAUAUCAACCAGUCCCUGUUGACUCUGGGAAGAGUCAUUACUGCACUUGUUGAAAGAACCCCACAUAUCCCAUACAGAGAAUCUAAGCUCACUAGAAUCCUGCAAGACUCUCUUGGGGGACGCACAAAAACGUGUAUAAUUGCAACAGUUUCUCCUGCAUCCAUCAAUGCUGAGGAAACCCUGGGUACUCUUGAAUAUGCUCAUAGAGCAAAGAAUAUCUUGAAUAAGCCUGAAGUGAACCAGAAGCUCACAAAAAGGGCACUCAUUAAGGAGUAUACAGAAGAGAUUGAAAGCUUAAAACGAGAUCUUACAGCUGCACAGGAGAAAAGUGGCGUCUGCAUUUCUCUGGAAAACUAUGAUGCUCUUCAUGGGACGUUGACAGUUCAGGAAGAACAAAUUGCAGAGUAUAUUGAAAAAAUUGCAGCGAUGGAGGAAGAACUGAAAAGAAUCUCAGAGUUAUUCACAGUUCAAAGAAGUGAAAUGGAAAAGUGCCAAACAGACCUACAGUUCAGGGAAAAAGAACCGGAAGACACUCAGAAGCACUUGGAAACAACCAAGGUUCUUCUUGUCGAAGAAGAGUAUGUGGCAUCAGCUUUGGAGAACGCAGAAGAAAAACUUCAUGAUAAAAUUCUGGAAGAUGUUCUCAUGUUGAAAAACUUUAUAAAGACAAAUUUCGUCAGCUUUCCACUGCCUGUUGGCGAGUACAAGGACCAGCGUUUUGGAAGAAGAUAUUUCGAAACAAGGAAUAGCAUGUGUAAAGGAAGUACGCCCCAGCUAAGCUGGCCUUUCCACUGGAUUUUGCACAGAUCCCCAGAAUAAAAAGCACACAGCUCACAGGUUGGAGGGCUAAGCCCAAAUUUAU